AAAUUCAUUAACAAUGACAGUGAAGCCACUUUCAUUGUCCUUCUUUAAGACUACGAGUCAUAGGGUAAAAUUAUUUUGGAUAGAAUUAGGGUAUUUCAUGAUCCUUUCAAUUUUAGGUUUCUUAGCUGUGAAUUAUGUUUCAAAACCUAGAACUCUACCGUCAUUCCGUCCUCAAAACCUAGAUGUGUUUUUCACUUCUGUUUCUUCUACCACUGUUUCUAGUAUGUCUACGGUUGAAAUGGAAGUUUUCUCAAAUGUCCAACUUGUUUUCAUGACUAUAUUAAUGUUUCUUGGUGGGGAAGCUUUUACCUCUUUUCUUAGUCUUCAACUCAUCAAGAAAGAAAACAAAGAUGACUCUUUUAGUAGCAAAGAUUAUGAGCUAGGAGCAGUAAUAAACGUGGUCGAUAAGUUAGAAGAUAAUGUAAUAAUAAACCCUAUCGAGCAUAGUCAUGAUUACGAUGAAAUUAUCAAGAUGAAGUCGAUAAGAUUGUUGAGUUACGUGGUUUUUGGAUAUAUUCUUGGUAUUAUUCUUCUUGGUUCGUCGUUAGUUUCUCUCUACAUAGGAAUCAUCCCAAGUGCGAAACAAAUCCUUAAAGAAAAAGGACUUAACUUACAUACUUUUUCACUAUUCACCACUGUUUCAACAUUUGUAAAUUGUGGUUUUGUCCCUACAAAUGAAAACAUGAUUGUUUUCAAGCAAAAUUCAGGCCUUCUUCUCAUUCUUAUCCCUCAAAUCCUUCUUGGAAACACUUUGUUUGCUCCUUGUUUACGGCUCACUAUUUUGUUCCUCUGGAAAAUCACAAAGAGACAAGAGUUAGAGUAUAUUUUGAAGAACUCGAAACGUGUUGGUUAUUCACAUAUUUUUCCAUCUUUUGAAACGAUUUCUAUUGCAAUUAGUGUUGUGGGAUUAAUAGUAGUGCAGUUUGUAGUGUUUUAUUCAUUGGAAUGGAAUUCUGAAGCCACUUCUGGAUUGAGUAGUUAUGAGAAGAUGGUGGCCUCUUUGUUUGAGGUUGUGAAUACAAGGCAUACUGGUCAAUCUGUAUUUGAUCUUUCAACUUUAACUCCAGCAAUCUUAGUAUUGUUCACCUUAAUGAUGUAUCUAUCACCCUAUACUACAUUUUUGCCUGUUGACAAUUAUGAAGAGAAGUCAGAAAAAAUGAAGAGGAGAAAAGGGCGAAGCUUGAUGGAGUACAUAUCAUUCUCACAACCUUCUUGUUUGGUCAUUUUUACCAUUCUUAUUUGUGUUGUGGAGAAAGAAAAAAUGAAAAGUGAUCCACUCAACUUCAAUGUGCUCAACAUUGUCUUUGAAGUCAUAAGUGCAUAUGGGACUGUUGGAAUGUCAAUGGGCUAUAGUUGUGCAAGGCAAAUAAAACCAGAUGGCCAUUGCAAGGAUGCAACAUAUGGAUUUGCUGGAAAGUGGAGUAAUACAGGAAAGUUCAUUUUGAUAAUUGUCAUGUUCUUUGGAAGGAUGAAGAAGUACAAUCAAAGAGGUGGCAAGUCUUGGAAAGUAUUAUAACUUCACUUAUGACUACUUUAACUAUCAUCUAGGUAAAUAUUAUAUGUAAAAUAAAUAUAAAUUCUCAAGUUGUUUGACCUUUCUCUUUCUUUUGUCUUUUCGUUUCUCCCAUUUAGGCCUUGUUAGUGCCAUUUAUUGCGGUACUAAUCAUAUUCUUGUAGUUUUUUUUUCAUAUGUUAUUUAUUAUGUUUCGU